CGGCAGCUUCGGCACUGAUCAGCUGUGCUCUGCGGAUGUCAGUGCGGUUCCAGCGGGCGCUCGGUCUGACUCCCGCCGCCUCUCAGCGCUCCCACGCCGGCCAGAACGAGGACUCCUCACCUCGGACCGGCCCCGCUUUUCGGUCACCUUCCCCCGGGUAACGAGCCGUCUCUCUGCCGCUUCCAGUGAUGCGGAGGCGGAGCUCCCUGACCGCGGAGAAGGACAGCGACCCGGAGCUGAAGCAGCGACCCGGCAGAGCGGCGGCGCAUCCGGCGACCCGAGGCCGACAGGGCCCGGGAGAGGAGCCGGGGAUGGGGAAGAGACCGUUCAGGAGGCUGGGGCUGCUGGGAAAGAUAAAGAGGAUGAUGAUGGUGCUGCUCGUUGUCUACGUCUCCAUCCCCUUCAUCAUCAAGCUCUUCCCCUCCAUCCAGGCCAAACUCGUCUUCCUCAACUUCGUCAGGGUGCCGUACUUCAUCGACCUGAAGCGACCUCUGGAUCAGGGGCUGAACCACACGCACAACCUGUACCUGGAGCCGGAGGCGGGCCUGAAGAUCGGAGUCUGGUACCAGAACCACACAGAACCGCACAGAACCACACAGAACCUACAGAACCACACAGAACUGCUCAGAACCUUCAGAUUUGAUCAUCCUCCUGACGCUCUCAUCCUGGAGUCUCCGUUCACCAACAUCAGAGAGGAGGCCAGGAGCCACCCGUUCUCCAUGGUGUACCGCUUCCUGCCCGGCUUCGACUGGUUCUUUCUGGACUCCAUCACCGCCAACAACAUCCGCUUCGCCAGCGACGAGAAUGUGGACCACAUUUCCUGUCCGGUUCUGAUUCUACACGCCGAGGACGACGGAGUGGUACCGUUCCAUCUGGGCAAAAAGCUCUACAGUCUGGCGUCUCGCUCCAGCAGCCUCGGCGGCCGUAAGGUUCAGUUCGUGGCGUUCCCAGCGGCUCUCGCCUUCAGACACAAGUUCAUCUACAGGAGCCCGGAGCUGCCAAACAUCCUCAGUGACUUCCUGGGAGCGGCUCACCCCGCCGUGGCGUGACGGCGGCUCGUCCUCAUGGUCUGAACAUUCCUGUUAGCAUUCCCAACAUCCCCGCUGACGGUACGCCUACCACGGUUACCACGGCUACCACGGUUACCAUGGUUACCACGGUGACCGUGUCCCGUGGGCUGCAGAGCGGAGGUUUUGUUUCUCCUGCAUGGUUCGUUCCUCCUCACCAUCGGCAGGAAACUGUUUCCUGUUCUGACUUGAAAUAUGAAUUAAAUCUGGUUUUAUGUAGCUGAGCCUCCUUCACUGACCUCUGGGUGGUUCUGGUUCUGGUUGAACCGGACCUCAUCACUCCUCCAGAACCUCCAGAUGUUCAGCAGAUUCUCUCCUCUCAACAGUUCUGGUUCUGCAGGAUUGAAGAAGCCGGUCCGGUUCUGGUACCGAUUGCGCAGCAGCAGGAAACAGGAAGUGAUGUCACUCUUCCUGGAUGUAGCUAACCUGAACCCGACUGGUGCUGGUCUUCAACUGUUUCUGACCCGGGGUGUGCAUGCUUAUGCUAAUCCACCUAUAUGGAGCUAACUGUUAGCUUAGCAUUUAUCCUUUAUGCUAACUUUGACAGCAUUUAGCCCUCUUAGUUUCCCUUAAAUGAAUUAUUCAUUAAUUUACUGUUUUGGUAUCAGCUGCUAAAAAUUCUUCCAGUAGUUAGACGGGUAUAUUCGUGCUCUUAUUUUGAAGGGAUUGACACAGUUCUGUUUCCUUAUCUCACAUAGCAAACAGGAAGUAAACAAAAGAACAAAUCAAGAAUACAAUCAGGAUGUUUAACAAAUACGCUAGCUACUAGCAUUUUAGCUUCUGCUAAACGCCAUAUUGACGCAGCGAACUAAUGUUCAUGACUGCUGCUCCAGGAUUAGCGCAGCUAGCUUUUUAGCUAGCAGUCCCACCACUGGUUUGGUGCGUUGGCCUUGACAACCUGACGGUUCUUCAUGCUGAAGCUCAGAACUUUUUCUGAUUUGGUCCCAAACGGACUGAAGGUUCUAAGCUGUCUGCUGGUACUGGUUCUGCUUGGGAACUGGCAGAACCAGUGAACCUGUAAAACCUGACCAGAACCAGUCAGAUUUCAUGACAGGUUCAUGAGUCCAGAACCUGUGGAGGCUCUGGACCUCAGUUUGACCCCAGAUUCUGGAGUCAAACUAAGCAGAACCACACAGAACCUUUGUUCUAGUCUAAAAAGUAAUUUUAUUCUACUGGACCAAUCAGAACAUGUUCUGGAGAGUUCUUCCUCUCUGUCACCUACAGCGGUUCUGGCCGGAUCGGAUUCAAACUGUGCACUGAUGCAUUCUGGGAAAACCCGACUACACAAUGUGACAACGCCCUGGUUUGUGUUCAGUUUAUUUUAUUAUUUCAACAAAAUUAUAAGCAGGAACAGAGAGAAGCAAAGUUCAGCCGAGCGGUUCUGAUCCGUCCGGAGGGAAAUCUACCGUCUCUGGAUCUAGGUUCUCUGUGAAAAUGGGUCAACGAAUCAGAGCUGAAAGACGAUCUCUGAUUGGCCAGUUUCCAGCCAUUUUCAGGCUGGAAACUUUAGAAAUGUAAUAAAUGUUUGUUUCAUAAUCAA